AUGGUGCUUCUUACAUCUUCAGCCGUGUCGAUGGCUAUAUCGAGUGGGGUGGUCUGCAUAUUCACAUUUUUGCUGUUCAUGUCUGGAUAUGUCCUACAACAACAGACUGUCCGAUCAUUGCAAGAAGCUCUCAGGGCACCGCCCGAACCCAAACCAGUACCCAUUCUCCCGCCUCAAUUCCAAAAACUCGACAACGACAGCAGUGCUGUAGUGGUCGAGCAACGUGUUGAUGCAGCUCCGCCUAAUUCUGACAAUCGUGCGGCCGAAAAGUUCGACCGACUUCUGGAGUCAGUCCAAGUACCAGUGGUGGCACAUGAUGAGAGUCAAGUCCUUCUUCAGGACUCGUCGGAGAGAACGUCAAGUCAUCAGCAGGCUUCGGAACAACCACCAAUGCAACGACUUGCAUAUAUGUUUAUCCUGCUCGAGCCAUCAGAUUUGUGCUCGACUUUACUCUUCGCCAAACAACAACGAUCUUCUUCACGACUAGCAACGCAGCCGUCUAUUGUCCUGCUUUACCCGGGCACAUGGGAGGCUGAAUCCUCUCAACUGUAUCUGUCUGCUCUGAGCUUCAUGCGAGAGAUACAAGAGCUGUACGGCCUCAUAUAUCAUCCGGUACGGAUUAACGAUGCCUGGGAUACCAAUGCACAACUCCUCGGAGAGCUCCAGUGGCACCGUUGGGAAUAUGAUCAAGCUCUUUAUUUGAAAUCCCCGGGGAUCAUUCUCGACAACAAGGCUCUCGAUAUCGCUAUAACCUCGCCUGUCUCAAGGAAGACAUGGUCUCCCGUGGAUACGUCCACAGGCAAUAAUCCGGACGUGCUCCUCGUGACGCCCAAAGGCCUUCAAAGUCCGAGAAGGGAGAUGAGGAAACUUGCUUCGCCUGCAAUAUCUGGUCACACAAAUGACCACGAGACCGAACUAUAUGUUGAAGAUGUGGCCAGCAAGUCAGCAUAUGUAGUGAUGAACCUGGACCAUCUGGGUGAUGGAGGUCACGGCAAUGUGUGGUAUAAAAAUCUGAUAUGGAAGUUUGAGCGAGGAGUGAAGAAUGCUUGUGCUGGUAGUGGAUUGUUGGAAUAAUUGAUUUGUUUCUUUGCAUAGCAAGCCACUGUCGAUAACUGAUGAAACCAUGACAUAGACUGUACAAAAA